AAAUUACUUCUCAACGGGAGUGUGUGAGUUUGAUUUCCUCCUAGUUCUUAAUGGGUCUGGUGUUAUUGGGCCGUGCUACCCAUUUCUUCCAAGAUCCCCCGUUUUGGUUACGCAGAGCAGGAGAGGGAGAGCAGAGAUUUGGAGAGGAAAUGACGGGUGAAGAAGUAGCUGGUCCCGCCGGCCCGAAGCUCCUCCGUCUUCUCUACUUCGUCGGCGCUGGAUUUUUCAGCGUUGCUGCGAUCAACAAGUGGCGCGAAAUCGAGCGGAAAUCAAUUGAGAAACAGCAACAACACCAACAGCAACUGCAAGAGCAAAGUCUGUUAUCUCAAAGCUCUGCAAAUGCGGUACACAAAAGCAUUAAGAAAGCGUUAGCGAGCUCUUUGUUCAUCGAGUUUAGAAUCCAAGACACCACCAUGCUGUAUGUUUUGUGCCAUUGUUCAUAUUCUGCAGCAUCGGGUUCGGGCUUUCUGUAUCUACCGUCCAUGAGGGCAAGCUUGUCCUUGGCUCUCAAUGCGAUCACCAUGGCUCGGCUCUAAGACAAGUAGUUGGAUCCAUCAAGUGUGGUUGUGACGAGUUGCAUUCUAGACUGGUUUGAGUUUAGGAGUGUCAAUACAUCUGUAUUAGGAUUUACUAUUGAGCAGUAGAGGAAUAUUGUAAUAUAGAAAUCAGGAAGAUCAGUGCUUAUCACAGGCACUGCUCUGAUACCAUGUAAAGAAAA